AUGGAAAUACCCAACGAUCUUGAAGAAUUCGAUCGAGGUCAAUUGCCACUAUCUCUCGGCUUUGAAGAAUUUCUGGGAGCCAUUGAUACUUUUCCCGAGGAGAUGCCUUUUCCUUCGGUAGUAGUGGCGAUGCUGGAAAGUCUCCGAUCAGCCGAAAGGAUCCGCGAAGACCGUGAAAAGCAAGAAGGCCAACGACGGAACCAGUCAGACACGUUGAGCUGCUCGGUUUCGAUCAAGAGUGAUGAUUCAAACGAGAAGCGCAAACUCCACUCUCUCACGGAUGUGCCACACCCAGAGGAGUUCGCAAUACAUAAGAUCAACCCACGGCAGUUCUUGGCAGACUUUGCCCAUCUUUUCGACACAACAAAAUCAGAAGUUCUUGCCGGCGGGCUUGUUGUAAUAGCUAAGACGCCACAAGCAAGCGUAGUAUACGCCGAUAAUGUGUACAAUUCAUCCCAACCUGAGAAAGACAUGGUACUGUGGACCGAUGCGUCCUGGAACUUCAAGAACCCACGGCAGCUGGCGUGUUCUGCCAUCGCGUUUAAACAGGUUCCGCACCGCGACUUAUGGUGUGAUGAAAUAGCCGUCCUUCGAGGGCCGCGAAAUGCGCCAUUCGAGUUGUUCGGAAUCCACCAAGCCUUAAAGGCUGCUUUACGACGGUAUCCCCAGACUGCGAACCAAGAGGUGGUACAGGUGUUUACCGAUUGCCAACGCGCAAUGAACGAGAUUUUGUCGCCAGACAAGGAUCAAGGUGCCGACACACAAGCUCUUCUCGAGGCGAUCAAUUGCUUGGCUAAAAGGUUGGUGGAAAGGGGUUGCCGGAUCGAACUGCACUGGGUGAAAGCCCAUGACAGUGUUAUAGGCAACGAAAGAGUGGAUGCGUUGGCCUCGUCGGCAAGAAGAAUUUUUCGGCAAAACCAUAAAUACCGAUGGAUCCCGACUUACUUGGAAUUUGAGGAACUGUCGCUAAAGGCCAUAUUUCCGAAGCAGGGGACAGUUACCGAUCGAAAAUGGCAGGAAAUGAUCGAAGAAUUUAGUUCGUCGUACGUUUUUUCAGGUCGAAGGCUGAUCGAUCAAGUUUGA